AGUAUGUACCCAAGUUUGUAUGAAACAGUUCAGAUACAAACAGAAGAAAGUUGGCUUCAGCAAAUUUCUGCUAUUAAGGAGCCAAGAAAAAUAACAUUCCCUGAAACAAAGGAAGAACGACCAGAAUCUCCAGCUUCUAAAUUAAGAGGAAAGUGGGUAAUUAAUCCUGAGGAGCCCAAACUAAGUAUUUUAUGUGAGAUGGAGUUUAAUGACGAAUUUGUAAGAUUGUUUGAAGAGCCUCUAAGAACAUUACCCAGUGUCGGGCCACCACCCAUUCUAUCAUAUAGAAAAGAUCUUUCUUAUCUGGACCGUAACCUCAAGGAUGAAGAGGAGUCCAUACUCAUGUGUGAAUUUUGUGGAAGUGAGCUACAAUCAUUCCUUUCUGAUGUGGACAUUUUCUCUGACAACACUCACCCUGAACUUAAAAAGCAUGCCUACUGUUGUCCUGAAUUAAAAAAUCUUCUUGAUUAUAUCAAUGAGGAAAGGAACAAUAUCAAAAGCACUAAAACGGACUUAAUCAGUAUUAAUCCUCAUGCAGCACAUGGCAGUGAUGUCGACAGACUCAAGGCAAAGGAAAAAGCCAUGCAGAGAAAACAAGAACGUCAAAUGGCCAGACAUUUUGCAAUAGUAUCAAGUGAACCGAGCCCCCCGAUACCUGAGGACGACUCAAAGCACACGAAGACAAUUUCUUACCAGCUCUCUUUGGAUAUACCAGAUGUGAAGAUAGAGGAAGAAACCAGUGAAACUGAGAUUAGCAAUGUCUCCAUCAUUUGCUGUGAUUCCAGGAAAUUAUGUGGAAAGGUCGUGGGGGACGAGCUCUUGGAGAAGCACUACAAGCAUGGAAGCAAGUUUCUCACCUCCUUUCCAGAUGGGACAACACAAAUAUUCUAUCCAUCUGGAAAUCUAGCCAUUAUCCAAGUGCCCAGCAAGACAAAUGGUUUCACUUGUAUUGUCCAAGAAGACACACCCACCGAUCCCGCUAUCCUAGCACUGCUCGACUCCUCUGGGAGAAGCUCCUGCUAUCAUCCUAAUGGAAAUGUCUGGGUAUAUAUCAACAUCUUGGGAGGCCAAUACUCCGAUCAAGCUGGCAACAGAAUACGAACUUGGAACUGGUCAAGUUCCAUGCCUUCCUCACCCUUUGUUUCAUUUAAACCCGUCUUUCUGGCUCUGAACCAUCACAUUGGAAUCCGAAUUCUAGAACAAGACAAGAUCUCCAUUAAUUUUCUAGCAAUGGGUCAACAGGCAAGAAUCAGUGUUGGAACCAAAAUAACGCUCCAUGACCCAGAGGAGAUCCCAGCCCUGCGGUUCCUGACUGGAGACGACCUUCUGCUGUUGGCCAGCUUAAUAAAGAUUCGGCGACUGUUCUAUAAGCUGGAAGGAUGCAUGAAUUUCCCCUCCAGUCAGGCUUGGGAAAAACGAAAGCAGCCUUCCUACCUUUCUUCACUCUCUCUAAAGCUACUUGCCCUCUGCCAAAACUCUGGCAUAAAGAAUAGUAUGAUGGCAUCAAUUACAAAGCUAAUAAAAGAAAAAUAGAAAAGAAGUAUCAUAGGCCUUUCAUUUGUUUUGUUAAGGGUCUUUUAAGGAACAUGAGGUUUCAAAGAGUAAAUCAAAUGACCAUGAAAUAUCAAGAAAUAUUUUGUUGUAAACAUUUAGAAUACACCGUGAGUCUUUGCUGGUGUAUAUUCUCAGUUGGAAAUUUAACUCACUUCCUCAAGACCAGAAAAUAAGCAUGGCAUAAAGAGACAUGUGGCACUGGGCACCCUUUAAAACAGGGAGGGUAUGGGGAUCAGUGCUUAUCAGUAUCUGAAAGGGAAGUCUAGAAGAGGAAUAACUCUCAGGAAGGCAGAGUCACCACCCACAGCACCUGUGAGGGGACAGGCAGGGAAUCUGGAAGAUGUUGCAACAUGAUUCUACAGAAUAGGAAAGCAAACCCUACCGUCUGCCAGUAUGUCUGCCUCCCACCAAAGAGAAUUAUGGCUCCUCCCCCUCCACCUGGUCAGUAUCAGGCUGAGGAGUCACAUAUGAAGCAGCUAGCUAAGCUGCACAAAAAUAUGUAUUUCCCAUUUGCUUUGGUGAGGGAGGCAGGACAGUAUUGGAUCCCUGGGGAUGACACAGCACAGCCCUCUGCUCAGUCAGGGUGAUGAGCAGAAGGCAGAUCAGCAAGGGCCCUGUCUAGUCACUGGUCCGUUGCUGCGUACAGACACUGUAAACAAGGCAACUUAUAAAAGGCAGCAUUUAAUUGAGGGCCUACUUACAGUUUCAGACAGUGUGGAUCAUGGUAGCAGGCAGACAGACACAGUGCCUGAACAGUAGCUGAGAACUGAUCUGCAAGGUGGAGGCAGAAAGGGAGCGGAAGACUGGGCCUGGUAUGAGUAAGUGUUACAGCUAAGAGGGGAAAGGUGUUGCAGUCAGGAGUCAAACAAUACCACAAAGUCAUACCACACAACAAACCUCACACAAGAGGUUCAUUGGGAAAGACACAGGAGGGUGGGUAGCUGCCUCUGCUCGGGUGAGGAGCAGCAGAGAACUGGACACAAGACAGACUUUAUAUAGGGUUUCCUUGGGGGGAGGGUGGACCUUUCCUUUGUGGCCUGGAAUUGGAGGAAUUAGAAAAGCUGCCACGACCCCCCACAGGAGGCUGUUCUGUGUCUUUCCCAAUGAAUCUCUUGUGUGAGGUUUGUGUGUGGUGUGACGUUGUGGUAUUCCUUGACUCCCGACUGCCAGGACGCCUUUCCAGCUGAGCUGUAAGACUUAC